AUGGGGGAGAGAUGGCCGCUUAAGGACCGCCCGGCCCGUCUUCAGCUCUCCCCUGUCGACGAGCUCAACCAGGGUGUCGAACGUCACAGAGGGCGGGUCACCCCUCUUGAGCUCCACAGUGCUCUAUUUUCUCCUGCUGGGCAAGCUCCUGCUUGCAGCAUUCAGCCACAGAGGAGUUGGCCUAGACCUUCCUGGCCUGAAACUGAGUGCCCAAAAGGCUGGACUCAGUUGGACAUGUACUGUUACGUCUUUCAACAUGAUGCCAGGUCAUUUUCUGAUGCAGAGAGCGUCUGCAACGUACUUGGCGGGAAUCUGGUCUCCAUCAACAGCGCCAAGGAAAAUGCACUCGUUGUUGAGCUGAUUCGGGAGGCUGCUGGUUCUGUUGUGGACACUUGGAUUGGACUCCACGAUGCAAUUGAGGAAAAUGACUUUGUAUGGACCGAUGGCGAAACUGUGAAUUUCAAAAGCUUUGGUGUUGGCCAGCCUGACAACAAUAGCGAUAACGAAAACUGUGUAGAGAUCGCGGCAGAUGCAAACGAAUUGUGGAAUGAUGACACUUGCACUGAGGCCAACCCAUUUGUUUGCAUCAAAGCUGCGGAGAAAACGGACUGCCACUAA